CCACUAUCCCAUGAGCCAUUGCGACCCAACUCCAACAAUCCCUAUUGGAAUUUUGGCGCCAAUCUCAGAGCAAGGAUGGUGGUUGUGAAUUGAAUGUUGCUCCUAAGCGUGACUUGGCAUUUUGAUUUUAACCGUUCUGGUACUUGCAUAUCAUUAUGAGAAACAAAAAGCUACAGUCAUUGACAGUUUUUGAUGUUGGAAGAAAACAUCAUGUCUUAAAAGCUCAAGAGAAUACAAAGAAAAGCCCGGUUAAAAAGCCAAGUCCAAAAUUUAAAAGAAAACUGAGCUUUCCUCCCAAAAAGCCUGGAAUACUGAGUAACAAAAAGUUUUUCCUGGAUCUUCAGGGAUCUGCAAAAGCUUCAACAGUGAAAGAUAUAAUUUUGCAACUUGGAGGGAUACUGGAAGAGUUUAACUCCAAGGAAGUUUACUGCAUAGUGACAAAUCGAUUUACAAUAGAUGAGAUUAUACAACACAGGAAUCAAAGUAAAAGUGGCACUCCAAGUCCUUUACCAGGGCCUGUUCCUAGUCCAGUAUUUGCUCCAGUUCCAAGUCCAUUGCAGCAACUAUCUUCUAACAAGUGUCCACUCAAUUCCCCACUCAGCACAGAUUCCCCACAAACACAACAAAGCUUGGACCCUAAAGGCCUCAGUAUCACAAGAGGAAAGUCACUUCUCAGUAAAGCUGUGAAUGGAACACAGAAACAAGGCUCAUCAAACUUGCUGCAACUGGCUCAAAAAUGGGGCACAAAAGUACUGCAUUUGGAACAGUUUUUAAAAUGGACCAAAGAAAAGAAAGUUGCAGAAUUUCUACAGCCUCGGGACAGAAAAUCCACAGAAUCUAGUAGCUCGUCUGGCCAUGGAAAAACGUCUACAUUUAGAGUGAAAAAGCUCAAGUCACCGUUUAUCAGAGUUGAAGACAAAACAAGGAAAUAUCGGCCGUUUUUCUUGGAACUUGGAGAAUGGCCUUCAAUAUUUUUUGAAUCGAAUUCGGGCAGUUGUCCGUUUGAAAAACCAACCGAGAAGCACGCCUUUGCUGAAACGGUUGUGCAGACCUCAGAUAAGGAAACCAACGAAGAUGGAUCUUCCAAAAAUAUGAGUGAAAAUGUCUCAGAAAAACAACAAGAGAAACCAUUGGAGCCGCACGUAAAACGGAUUGAAGCCAAGGAAGAUGUCAGAAAUGGUUACUGCGAAUGUUGCUCUGUGCGAUUUAAUGAUAUAUCCAAGCACCUGAAGAGCGAUCAACACCGUGCCUAUGCUCGUAAUGACAGCAAUUAUGCCGAUCUCGACUCUGUUAUCCAGCAAGGCUUCUCUUUUGAUGACUUUCUCUCUGCUGUUCGUGAUAAAUACAAGGCUGCGGCCACUGUGCAACUGCAUGCAGAAACAGAAAGCCCUUCACGUAAGAACAUCAUGGCAAAAUCGUUAACCUGUGACCAGGUAGCAGAAAUUGUUGAUUCAAUAAGUAGCCCCACUGAUUGUGAUGUGAAGUUGAAGCCACAAGUGGAUAACAAAGAUACUGAACCAAUAAAGAAAGACGGGUUCCUCAUAUCCUCCUCCAAAAAACUUGAGGUAAAUUCUGAGUCACGAACUGCAGUAUGCUGUGAGUUAUCGAUGACAAAACAAUGUGUUGUCAAGGACGAAUUAGCUAUUUCGCAAAGCUCCGUUAAGGGGACAAAAAAUGACCCUGCUGUUAUUAAUGGAAGUAAAGACCUUGGUGACGAAGAUGCUUAUGAAAAAGAGCGAUUAAACGAGAAAUGUUUGACGAAAGAAGAGAUUAUGCCAACCACGGUGCCCCCUGCAGCACAGGCCCACACACUUGAAGAUAAAUUAGAAGGUGAAGCAUCUUUUGCUGAAUCACAUGUUAAAAAAUGUGCCCAACAAAUAACGUCAAUAAAUGCAGAAGUGGAAUCAGAAUCAAUUAGUGCGGAAGUCGGCUUGUCGCAGCUUGCAAGAAAGAAUAAUGGGAAAUCUGUGACAGUAAAUAGCUACCCAACGAAAGAGCCAGUUUGCGAUUUCAAUACCCGUUAUACCAAACUUGAAAUAGGUACUCCUUCUCUUCAAGUGAACAGCGAUUCAAUCAAAAUGCGCAUCAUCUCUCCCCUUCCUUUAACACCUAACGAAAACACAAGAGAAAUGGUAGAUGAAGAGUCUAGAAUGCCUUCAGAUGAAUUUGUUCAGUGUGGUUUUCCUGGAAAAGAGCUUUCUGCAGUUGAAGCUCUGAAAGAUACGUUAAAUAAAGAGAGCAACGAGCUUAAAAGCAAUGUUUUUGUUGAAAGCAUGGCUGUAGUUGCACCUUCAGAUGAUUCUAGGUUCCGCUCUUUACAUCCACGAAGCUCACUCAAGAAAAGCAAAGACCAGGUUCUCAAUUCGAAGAAUGAAGUUCAAUUAAUUACAUGCUUUGAAGAAAGUUCCCUUAACGAUAGCAGAGAUUCAAGAGAUGACAUUGAAGAGGGCGCCGAUGACCAAUCGGAUAAGGGGUCUUGCUACAGUCCACCGGAAGCCAGAAAGUGUAGGUACAAAAGUGUAGAUUUGGAAGAAGAAAGUUUUUCAGAGAGCUCGACAUCAGAAGUGUCCACUGAUACUAGCAGCAUAAGCAGUACAAGAUGCACUGUGGGUGACAGUUCAGUUGGAAAUGUCAGUGAGGUAGAUCAUGACACUGGUAGUAUGCCUGAUAUUUGUAAAGAAGACCAUGAUGUUGUAUGUGCCACCAAUGGUGACAGUUACAGUCAAGAAGAACAUGUGGCAGCCAAAAAUAUUAACCAACAUAAAGAACAAGAAAUUACUGAUAAAAAUGUUGUAAUCAAGAGAGAUUCCAUCCCUGGCCAUUACGAUGAAUCUUCAUUUCGUUAUUGUGAAUCUUCAUAUCAGAUGCCAGUUGAAAGCAAAAUAACUUCUCCAAAAGUGGAUGUACUACAACCGAAAGUCCAUGUUAUCGACUCUGAUAGAAAGACUGGUCUAAUGUGUGAUUCAGAAUCAAAGAAUGUUAGCAAAAAGUGUUGUCCAGCUAGCCUUUCCACCAAUAGGUUAUGUCAAACAGCAGAUAAUGAAGUGUUUAACAGUCCAUCAAAAUGUCUCCCCCAUUCACCAAGCCAAAAGUCUGCUAUGGCUCGAGAUGCUCAAGGUGAGUUAUGCGUAUUCUCCUCUCCUACUUCUGAAAUGGCACUGAAGAACGAAGUUAAUGAUAUUCUUGUUGGACUCGAAUGGUCUUCAGAGAAGCAAAUGGAAUUGAAUUGUGGACAGCAUAGUGACUUUAAAUCCAAGAAGUCUCUUAUGGCAUCGUUGAUUCAAACUGAAAAACAACGACAAAAUUGUGGGAAAAAAUGUGGUGUGAGCCCGAUUCAUCCAGUAAAAGAGGACUUCAACCAUCUUAAUGAGGUUGUAAAUUGCUCACCAAAGUCAAAUGUAAACCAUAACACUCGGAAAGGACUUGACGAUACUUUAGUGGCAUCACAGGAGUGUAGUGAUGGCGACGAAGUAUUUCUUGAAGAACCCAUUGAUAGUAAAGUUUUGUUGCAAGAUAUUGACCAUCAAUAUACGUUGUGUUCCGAGAAGAAAGCUGACAAGCCUGUUAAUGAGAUAAUACCUUUGUCCCUUUUAGACCCCGAAUUAAUAUCCCAACAACAAGCUGACGUAUGUGAAGUAAGCAGUCCCAUUAUCAACCAAAGUCUAAUGGAAAGCCGAGUGCUCAAAAAUCUGCUGUUUUCUAAUCGGCUUGAUUCAGACUGCAAUUUGAUUAAUGACGUCAGCACUUUUCUUGAUGACGAUUUAAGAAAAGGUGUUACAAUGCACGAGCGGUUGAAAAUGAGGAAAAGAAACGCAUCCUGCAUUGCAUCCAUUUCCACCUCUGGUUUAGCUACUCCAAAGCAGCCAAGAAAAGAUGACUUGAAAAAACAAAAUUUGCAAAAUCAGAGGAGAAGCAGUGAGAGCAAAGAGAACGUUGACAGCACAGGUCGAAGAAAGUUGCUGAAAAGAUCUUCCACUGCUGAUGCGUCGAGAAAAAGCAGAUAUGGUUAUUUUCGUGAAAUGUCUUCGGAAGAUGAGGAGUAUGUUCCAACUAUGCAUAACAAAGUCAGCAGGUUCUCUUCGACGCCAGCUAAAACCAGUCAUGGCUACAAUAGUAAUGCUGUAUACGAAAAGCAGAAAUCAUUCACACAAAAGAGUAGAAAUAAGAGAAGGUCCUCUUUGCGUUACCAACGGCAACAAUGUACAACAGACUCAGACACAACUGACACGUGCUAUUCUUCAUCCCCAGAUAGAAAACUUCGACCCCGUCCUUCCAGCGAGACGCCCGGGGGCUACACAAACGCGUCCUUCUCACUAAGAGUCAGCAAUACUAGUUUGCUUGAUUCAUCCGAUACGGCUGGUCUCAGCCCGGCAAUGUCUUCAGCUGCGCGAGCACAGCGGUCGAAUCACAAACCGGUGACCCGGGACACCCCAAAUACAAGACUGAGUAGCCAGCAAAGAAAAUCUAGCACAAAGCUAUCAUCUCCAAGGAGGAGUCGCAGGAGCUGUCUAAACUAUGCUGAUGACCCGUACUGGUUCAUCGACUCUUAGGUGUUAUAAAUAGAGUUUUUAAAGGCUAUUUGGCUUAUUGGUAUCUUAUGACCCCUUGUCUGCUUGAGAUUAGAGUAUGGGAAUACCUUGGUAUCUUAUUACCCCUUGUCUGCGUGAGAUCUAAGUUUGCAAUACGUAUGGGAAGGUGAGGAAAACGUCUGCAUUAAUUAAACCCUGCUUUAGAAUGAAUAGCUAAACUAUUCGAUUUUCUAACAGAAAUUAAUCUAAUCCGCAUGAAUCUACUAACUUAAUCCGCAUGAAUCCACAUUCUCUUCAUGAACAAGAACCUAGAAGUCUGCACAACAAAUGACCCGAUUAGGCUAUUUCUCAUGAAGUCUUUCGAUAUUUUGCAGCAAAUUUCCUGAAAGCUCGCCCAGAAUAGUUUUCAGAGGAAGCUCAUUCUUUCUACCUAUGGUAACUUGUUCUCGUUUUCUAGCUUCCGUGAUUAUUUCCGUACUUGGCGUCCUUAUUGGUAGCUUUUUUAAACCCCUCUUGCUUUUUAAAUUUCAAUUUUCCUCCCCACCCUUUUAUUUAGAUAAUUUUAAAUUUUAUGUGAUAAAAACAACGAUUCUCUUUCUAAUAAUUUAUGAAACCAUUUUUACUAUGACAUUAGUAUCAUAUGUUUUUUCAAAACAAAUUUUUAUCUUUAGUUUUAAUAUUUUGAUGUUCAUUUGUAACAAUAUGUUU